AUGCCUUCAAUUCUAAGCACCGCUCGGCUAGAGCGCCUGCCAAAUUUCACCCUACCUUUCGACUUCUCCAAGUAUACAUGGACCCAGGUCGCCCUGGUAGCCACGCCUGUCUUUGUCAUCCUCAUCAACACCCCAUCUUUAAUCAGAUCCUACCGUACCUUCAUCGAGAUCGGCCCAGGUGGCCUUCCACACAACCCCCUCGGCUUCUUAAUCCAAACCACCCUCAGUCUCAUAGCCCGCACCGACACCCGCGCCGUCCCGCCCCCGUAUUACUACAUCCCCAGCCCCUACUCCAGCCUCGACCAGCCCACCAACACCGGUCCCAGCACCACCACCACCAGCAGCACGACCAAAAAAAUUAUCGGCCCCACUGUAGUAGCCUUCUACGCCCCGCUCGGCCAAACCUCCUUCCUCUUUCCACUCCAUCCACAAGAGGAUAACAACGAAGACAACGAUAACAACAACGGUACCCUCCCGCCACGGUCCGGUUCACGCCCUGAUGUACCCGGUCUGGUUGUCCCGCAGCGCCAGACGACGGAGAAGGGUGGACCUGAGCUGGUGAGAAGGAUGGAACGGUUUUUGGUGGAGUUGGCGGAGGCGAAUGGUGGUGGUGGUGCUGCUGCUGCUGGUAGCGGUGGUGGGGAUGGUGGGAAGGGACAAGAGUGGGCUUUGUUGGAGAUGAAACCUUCGAGAUUGGAAGGGAAGAGGCAUCAGGCUUUGUUCUUAAGGGAGAGUGCUGUGCGGAUCCCAAAGUUCAUGGGCGGUGUAGGUGGGGAGAUUGCGCAUGUCCACCCCGAGGGCAGUUCGCAUGUCACGCUCAGCUUGGUGGAUGCUGAAGAGGCUGUUGCGAAGGGAUGGGCCGAACGCCACCGCCUCAGCGGCGUGCGCAAGAUCCUGCCAUGGAGCUACAUCAUGGUGUAUGCGCCGCGCGACGACGACGAGUUUGUCGUGUGGCAGCGCUUGGUCGUGGCCGGGUGCCGGUUUGUGAGCGGUGGGCGCACGAUCGAGAUUCCGAGUAAGAAGGUUGCUUGA